AUGGCGUAUGGCGAAAGUUAUCGAAGUAGAGGGUAUAGAGGCGACCGCGGUGCUGGCUACUACGGCGAUUCAUCUUAUCGAAAACCUCACAGUCAACGAGAUGACCAUGGUUCUUCGCGAAGUCGACUCGACGACACUAGGAGGAAUUAUUCUCCGAGCAGUGGUAGUGGUGGCUUUCCAAGUGAUGGCUUCAAUCGACGAUAUGCCAAUAAGGGCCGAGGAAGCACAUAUGAGAAAGAAGAUUGGUCAUAUAGAGAUAAAAGGCGAUGGCAUCACUCUGGUGCUGGUGUAGGUGCCAGUGGUGCUUUAGCUAACACGUCAGGAAAAGCCACACCUCUAACAAAUACCAGUGAUCGUAACUCACUGGAUGCAGUAUAUAGCGGUACAGAUACCAAGACAGGAGUUAACAGGACUGAUUUAGAGUUCACCAAAUUGGCGCAUCACACAGACUUUACCAAUGCAAUUACCAUACUGAAUACAGAUUCGAGUACCCCUAAUAAUUCUAGUUCCAGUUCCAGUUCCAGUUCCAAUUCCAAAAACUACAAAGUGCUCUACGACCCAGAACUCGAUACUUCCCUAAGCAAAGCUGAAAGAAAAAUGAAAUCAAAGAAAUUGAGGUUUAAUGGAGAGGGGGUUCCCACGGACCAAUUGGUGGAUCCAAGAAUUGCCAAUUUGAGUCAUUACCUACUGAAACCUAAUAAAAAGUCCAGCAAGUUUCCAUUUAAACAACUACCACAAGCUCGAUUUAUCUACGAUUCAGAUUCCUUAGGGCCGGCUCCACUUACAACUUUAGUGAUUUGGGAUUUACCGAUAAGUGUCAAUAUGCAGUAUUUGAAAAAUUACCUAGGCACGUAUGGUCUGAUUGAAAAUAUAGAGAUUAUCAACGACCCGAAUACGGCUGUUCCAUUAGGGGUAGCUACGUUUAGAUUCAAAGGAACGCCAGAAAAGUCUAGUGACUUGGCUACUAAAUUUGUUGAGCGAGUUAAAAUAGAGCUCAUCAAAAUCAAUGGCAUUGCAUUAAAAAUUGGACUUAAUGACUCGGAGGAUACUUUACUUAAUCAAAAAGUGAACAUUGCAAGAGGUAAAAUCAUUAAUCAACGAUUGAAGAGGGAACAAGAAGAAGAAAAAAGACGUCUUAAGUUACAAGAAGAACAAAAGAAACAGGAGGAGAUUGCGAAAAAGGAAGCAGAGAUUAAAAAGCAACAGGAGAUUGAAGAGGCCAAGAGACGAGCAGCUGAACUCAAAUACAAACCCAAUACAACGUUGUUGUCGUCUAGGCACGAUCAUAAAGUCGAAGAAGGGGUAUUUUUGCCCAACGAAUUGACCAAAUACAUAAAGAAUAGACCUUAUCUACUUAUCAGAGACAAGUACGUUCCAACAAAAAAAGUUUCAUCACAGGAAAUAAAGAGAACGUUAAAGAAAUACGAUUGGACCAGAGUCUUGUCUGACAAAACAGGGUAUUAUGUGGUUUUCAACUCAUUAAAGGAGUGUAUCAAAUGUUUUGAACAAGAAGAUUGCAGAAAAUUAUUUGAAUUUCGAUUAGUGAUGGAGUUGGCAGUUCCCGAAGGGUUUGAAGAGUCGCAGCGAGGCAAUGACGAAGCUGACAAUGACAUUAUCGAGGAGGCAUCGAAUGUUCUUAUCAAAGAAUUUGAAUCAUUUUUGGUGAAAGAUAUAAGAGAGAGGAUCAUUGCACCUCAUAUCUUGAAGCUUCUUGAUCAUUCCAACUACCCAGCAUUAGUUGAAGAGUUAAAAGCAAAGGAGCAGCAAGAGGCAAAGGCCAAGAUUGCGGCAACUUCUAAUGCUUCGUUGAAGCUCAACGCCCUCUCGUUAUUGGAAAAGCAAAAGCAGAAUUUGAAACCGAAAACGAAAUAUUUCAAACAAGUUGAAGAUCGAUUCGGUAGUCGCAAGCAUGGAAAGAAGGGGGCUAUCAUACCAAUGCAACAUGCACUUAAUGAUGAUGAUGACGAUGACGACGAUCAUGAAGAUGAAGAUGACGAUGAUGGCGGCGAAGGUGCAAGUUCUGAUGAAGAUGAAAUUACAAGUGGAUCGGCCACACCAAUGGUCCGAGAACCUUUAAAAAGAGUACAUAGCUCUUCUGCAACUAGCAUUGUUGAUGAGUUUGAGGUUGGAGAACCGGAGAGGAAAAAACAUAAGAAGCUGAGAAAAGAGAUGAGCACAGAAAGUGAUGACGAAAUGGAAAGUAUUAGUGGAAAGAACGAGGAGGAUACAGAGGACGUAGAAAGGGUCAAGAAAGAAGAGGAGGAUGAGGAGGCGGAGAAAAAGGAGAAAAGUACAGAGGAACAGGAGCCGAUGGAUGCCGAGAUGGACGACGUUGAUCAAAUGUCAUUGGAUUCUAAGUACAGGCCGACCGAAAAAAGACCUCGCACAGUUUACCCAGAGACCACUAUUCCAGACACGGUGGAUUUACGCUGUCUCCAAGAAUUUAUCAAAGACGCAGAGGAUUUGGAAUUUGCUCAAAGUAUAUUAGGUGAUGUAGAUGUGAUGGACUCAGAUGUACCCGUAUUGAAAAAUAUUGAAUAUUGGGCUUGGAAACAAGGUAAGAAUACCAACGAGUCUGAAGAAAUUGUUGAGCGGGACGAAGGAUUUAUUGAUGAUGAGCAAGAGGCAGAGGAAAUUGAAGAAGAACCUGAAGAAGAGUUACCUGCACAUUUAGAGUCAGCUUCAGGAUGCUUCAAGAGUGAGGGAUACAAGAAGAUUCCCGAUGAAGAUAAAAACCAUUACUUGCCACAUCGUAAGAGAGCAGAUAAAUUCAUCAAGACUGUGCAAUAUGAAGAGGACGACGAUGAGAAAGCUACCGAGGGUAGCCACAGUAAUAACAACAGCAAUAGCAACAAUAGCAAUAGUAUCAAUAAUGGUAGUAGUAGUACUACUACUAAUAAUUCCAACAGCAACACCAAUGCGGCACAAAGCUCACGUGUUAACCGUGCCAAUAAUAGAAGGUUUGCUGCCGAUAUAACUGCACAGAUUGGAACAGAAUCCGAUGUAUUGAGCUUGAAUGCGCUCACCAAAAGAAAGAAACCAGUUACAUUUGCGCGGUCUUCGAUUCACAACUGGGGUCUUUAUGCAAUGGAACCUAUUGCAGCCAAGGAGAUGAUUAUUGAAUAUGUUGGCGAAAGAAUUCGUCAACAAGUUGCUGAGCAUAGAGAAAAGAGCUAUUUAAGGACUGGUAUCGGAUCGUCAUACUUGUUUAGAAUCGAUGAGAAUACGGUUAUCGAUGCAACGAAAAAGGGGGGUAUUGCUAGGUUCAUUAAUCAUUGCUGCAGUCCAAGCUGUACAGCGAAAAUCAUCAAAGUUGAUGGUAAAAAGAGGAUUGUUAUUUAUGCGUUGAGGGAUAUUGAGGCGAAUGAGGAAUUGACAUAUGAUUACAAAUUUGAAAGAGAAACGAACGAUGACGAACGUAUAAGAUGCUUGUGCGGUGCUCCAGGUUGCAAAGGGUUCUUAAAUUGA